UGAUACAGCCUGGACUUCAGUUUAUUCAAGACAACUGUGAACUCGGAAAAACGAACUCCGACUGAGAAAAAUGUUUUGGAUGAUCAUCCAACUAGGAAUUCCAAAUCGGGCCUCCUUCCAGAGCUCCGACCUUCCGACCUGCAGAUCACUGACAUCGUGAUUUUACCUCGUUUUUUCCGAAUUCCCAGUUGUCUUGAACGCUGUAUUUCGGCAAGGCGGAUUCCCAGCAACUGUAUUUACGUCAGAUGCCCUAAUUUAUUAUAUUGCACUGAUCUGAAGAGGUGUGUUCUGUUCACAGAUCUACUGGAGGGAUGGAGACGCACAAUUUGUCCUGCGCCAUUUGCUUGGACCGCUUCAAAUUCCCAGUUACCAUCCCAUGCGGUCACACCUUCUGUCGAGACUGCAUCACAACUCACUGGGACACCAAGUCCAGGUCCGACAUCGGGCCGCAUUGCCCUAUCUGCAACGAGAAAUUCCCCACUAGACCCAUCCUAAAACGCAACGUGUCCCUGUCCGUUCUGGCUGAGGCCACAGCGAACAGUGCUGGUGCAUUCGGGAGAGACACUGUACCGGUUAUGAGGGGCGACAUGGCCAGAGCCACGCCCCUGAUUCUGUGUGACCGACACAAGAAGUCCCUGGUGUACUACUGCCGGAAGGACAACAUGUGUGUGUGCUGCGAGUGUGCCAUCUCCGAGUGUAAGAACCACGAGAAAGUGCUGGUGGAGGCUGAGAAGGAGAACCGAGAGUUACUACUGAGGAAGAAGAGUGUGGAGGUGGGAAUAUGUAUGGAGGAGACUGAGAGGAGCAUCACUGAGCUGACAGAGAACAUCACCAAAGCCAAGGUGACCCUGCAGCAGACCUCCCACUGGGUGAAUGCCAAGUUCUCCAUGCUGUUGAAGGUGCUAGCAGAGAAACAGGAGUCUACAGAGAACUUCAUUGAGCAGGAGAAGGAGGCUUCCCUCUCCCAGGUGGAGGCUAGGUUGGAGGAGCUACAGGAGAGGGCCAAGCAACUCGGGGAGCGCCAGAGCCAGAUCGCAACUCUUCGCAACCUGCCCGACAUCCAGCUAAUACAGGAGUCUCGGCUGGUGGAGGUCCCUCGUAUGAAGGACAUUCCAGUGGAUGUGACCCCUAACCUGCAGGAGAGGCUCAGCGGGGUGACAGACGUCCUCUCACGGAUCUCCAAGCUAGUAUCUGAGGACCUGGAGAAGGCUGUGUCUACAGCUGUGGGGCAGGACAAGCAAGGUUCUCCCCAGGAUAAGCGCCCUGUCCUGGCUGUGGUCCCCAGUCCUGCUGCUCCAUGUCACCCCACUGGGAAGGAGGGCCUCAGUGAAUACCGCUGCACCCUGACCUUUGACCCUCGCACGGCCAACGGUCACCUGCUCCUCUGCCAGGAGAACCUACGGGCGGAACACCUGACCUCUGGGCCGCGCCCUGUCCCAGCCCACGAGGCUCGCUUUGACCACACCUGGCAAGUGCUCUGCUUCCAGGGCUUCAAACACGGAAAGCACUACUGGGAGCUGGAGUUGUCCAAGCCAUGGGCCUACCUGGGGGUGACUUACGAGGGCAUCCCCAGGAAGGAAAAGGGGAAAAGGUGCAUGGUGGGAAUGAACGAUCUGUCCUGGAGCCUCCAGCUGGAUGAGCGCCAGCUGAGUGCCUGGCACAACGGCCGCCAGGAGACGGUGGCUGGCCACUCCCACCACUCCCGCAUCGGAAUUCUGCUGGACUACGAGGCUGGAACACUGACGUACUAUGGAGACGGGCAUACGCGGCUGCAUGCCUUCCACUGUGCCUUCACUCAGGAGCUGUUCCCCGCCUGUUGGAUAGGGGAGGGCGUGAGCAUCACCCUCUGCUCGCCAUGACGACAACACGAAAGGGAAUGACCGUGACCUAACAAUCUCUUAUAGGACUAGUCUUGGGAAACUAUAACCCUGUUUAUACCUGGUGCUAACAUGGGUCCUUUGUCCUGAUCUUGCCUACAUUCUGAUUGUGCCUACAUUUCCAGAAAUGUGUCUACAUACAGUAUGCUAUUAAAAUGUGCCUGUUGUUGGUCCAUUGUGUCUCCA